UAUCCUUUUUUUCUUCUUUUUAAUGUGGGUUCGUGAGGAUUGGAUUUUGAAGGCUUUAUUGUAGGCUUACGUGAAGGGGGGAUCUGCAAUGCCCUUUGCCAAGCGGAUUGUGGAGCCCCAGUGGCUGUGUCGGCAUGCUGUCACCAUGGCGGAGGGGAGCUGUUCUCGGGAUCAAGGGGAUGAAAGGCAGCACCACCCUCGUGGUGCCAGGGAAGAAGUGGCAUCCUCAGCGCAGGUGCCAUCAGAUGACAGGGAAGUGGUGCCGGUUGAUGGAAAGGAUAAAGAUGUGGUGCUCUUGGAUUUGUGUGCAGUCAGCAACGUUGCGAUCUCACGGGUCUUGCGGCAGCUUUCAGAUGUGGCCCGUCACGCCUGCUCCCUCUUCCACGAAAUCGAGGUGGAAAUACAGGUUACGGCACGGCGUGUGCGGGCACUACAAGGGAAAAUUGGAAAUGUCCAGCAGAUUGUGAGCAGCCUGGAUCCAAAGCAGGAGACAGUGCCUGUCUCAAACUUGGACGCAGAAAGCAAGCUAAAUGUGUAUUACAAGACGUCCUGGCACCAGCAGAGGAAUAUUUUUCUGCCCUCCACAAGACCUGCGUGUGUGGAAGAGCUGCAUCGUCAUGCCAAACAAAAUCUGCGAGCGCUGCGGAGGGAACAGCGGGCCCAGCUGGAUAUCAGAGAAAGGAGGUUUAUGGGCUCUGUGUUCGCAGCUCCUCCAUUUCCCCCAUACCCAGCAGUUCAAACACUCAAGAGGAGAGAGAUAAAGGAACACCAUGCUGUACCAUUUAACAGAACCCGUCCGCCCUCCCCCACUGAAUGUUGUCAUUUGACUCCAUGGAGUAGAAAGCCCCAUCCACCUCAAGAUGAAGAUGAUGUACUUUUAGGGCAAAGACCCAAAAACCCUAUACCCAAUGUCCCAUCUACACUGGACAAACAAACCAACUGGAACAAGGACUUACCCCUUCCCACUCCAGAGCAGAAAAUGAAAGAGGAGUCUCAAGUGAUUACCUCCUGCAUAAUCCCCAUCAAUGUCUCUGGAGUUGGGUUUGACCGAGAGGCCAGCAUACGUUGCUCCUUAGUUCACUCACAAUCUGUUCUACAGCGGAGACGGAAAUUAAGGAGACGGAAAACCAUAUCAGGAAUUCCUAGGAGAGUUCAGCAAGAAAUAGAUUCAGAUGAAUCCCCAGUGGCAAGAGAGCGUAAUGUUAUAGUUCAUACCAAUCCCGACCUUGCCAAUUCUGCAAACAGGAGAUCUGGAACCAGGGAUACAGAGUGCCAAACAGAAGAAAUUCUUAUUGCUGCUCCUUCCAGAAGAAGAAUUAGAGCUCAGAGGGGCCAAGGAGUAGCAGCAUCACUCUCUCAUUCUGCUGGGAAUAUUGCAGCCCUUACAGAGGGUGCUGAUCCAAUAUACGCAACAGUGUCAAAUCGAGUUCGCUCGCGGAGUCUUCCUAGAGAAGGUGCUAGAGCAACCAGUGAUCACAGCCGUAGUGCACAGUCUUCAACAUAUGAAGAUGAUUGCUACAUAGCCAGCUCAGAGAGAUCACUUAAGAAUGAUGAAGACAGAUUAAUUAGCCACAAUUCCCCAGAACAUCAAACAUUAGGUUUCGCAUAUUCUCAACACAAUCACAGCCCACCAUUAAACUUAAUUGAAAGAGGCAGGUCGAGGCUAUCGAGAAUGGCAGAUUCAGGCAGCUGUGAUAUUUCUUCAAAUUCAGAUACUUUUGGAAGUCCUGUACAUUUAAUUUCUACAGCGGGAGUAUUGUUGAGCACUCACAUUGAUCAAAAAGAUGAUCAUCAGUCAUCUAGUGGUAACUGGAGUGGGAGUAGUUCGACUUGCCCCUCACAAACAUCAGAAACAAUCCCUCCAGCAGCAUCUCCUCCUCUCACUGGGUCUUCACACUGUGACUCUGAGUUAUCUUUGAAUACUGUUCCCCAGGCAAGUGAAGAUUCUAAUGUCUUCAUUGAACCAUAUGGUGAUGACCAUAUGGAGAGCAUCAGAGGUCACAGAGCCAGCUCUUUUACAUCUACAGUUGCUGAUUUGCUUGAUGAUCCAAACAACAGCAACACAAGUGAUAGUGAGUGGAACUAUCUACACCAUCACCACAAUGCUUCAUGCCGUCGAGAUUUUAGCCCGCCACAUUUAAAAACAGAUAAUUUGGGUUGCCAAAGUUUUACCAGUAUGGGCACAUACGAUAGCUUUCUUGAAAAACCUGCAUCAGAAAAAGCAGACACAGGCUCUCAUUUUUCUGUGGACACUGAAGGAUAUUAUACCUCCAUGCAUUUUGACUGUGGUCUUAAUGGUAACAGGAGUUAUAGUUGUAACUAUGCACCUACAGGGUGUGAGGUUGACCUAGAUACUGGUGUUUCUUCCAUGAAUACAGACUGUGUUUGGCACCGCUACAUAGAUCACAGAAGGCAGGGGAGGCCGAGCUUCUCAUUUAAGAAACCAAAGGCAAAGCCGCCACCACCAAAUCGAAGUUCAUCUUUGAGGAAAUCGGACAACCACACAGAUGUUCUUGAGAAGAAAGAGCCAAAGAUAACUAGUGGGCAGCCAGUGCUUCAUACCUCAAGGGAAAUGAAGUUGCCUCUUGAUAUUUCAAAUACACCUUCAAGAACAGAAACUUUUGCUCCACCUAAUAAACAAGAUGUACUAUGGGACAAUCAGGAAGAUAAUGAAUUAAAAAGCACUCAGUUUGUUACCCAAGACAUUCCCUCGUUUAAAGAUGAAAGCAGUGAACAAUCUCACUAUGCAGAUCUCUGGCUCCUCAACGACUUGAAAUCAAAUGAUCCUUACAGGUCUUUAUCAAAUUCUAGCACUGCUACUGGUACUACGGUUAUAGAAUGCAUUAAGUCACCAGAGAGUUCUGAAUCACAAACAUCACAAUCUGAAUCCAGAGCAACAACACCUUCUCUUCCUUCAGUAGAGAAUGAAUUUAAGUUAGCUUCUCCAGAAAAGCUAGCUGGUUUAGCAUCACCAUCUAGCGGCUACUCUAGCCAGUCUGAAACACCAACAUCAUCCUUCCCAACCCCAUUCUUUUCUGGGCCAUUGUCCCCUGGGGGUGGCAAAAGAAAGCCAAAAGUUCCAGAAAGGAAAUCCUCUUUACAGCAUCCGUCUUCAAAAUGUGGUAAUAUAUUAUUAAACAAAGAUUUAGAAUUGCCAACUAUACCUCCUACCCAUCUUGACUUAAGUGCCCUUCAUGUGAUACAUAAACCUUUACCUUACAGGCCACAGGUGCAUGUAUUUAACCAUACUAAUCAGAAUAUGGCAGAAGAGCAGCUAGGUUCAAAUUCUUCACAAGCACUUGCGAUAACACCUUCUGUUUUGAAAUCUGUCCAUCUCAGAACCGUCAACAAACACAACAGAGAGUGUGUUCAUAAAGAAAAUAGCAGCAAGCUUUUAUGCAUACAGGAUCCAAUGAUUAUUGUGGACACCUAUACUCCUGACAAAUCAAAUGUAAUGGCAACAAACAAACCUAUACUGCGUCAGUUUUCUACUGAAGAAGCCAUGCUACCCUUUAUUGAUGCAUCACCUGUUGAUACAAGCCCGGAGAAUAUGUUUUUUGGACAGACUGGUCUAUUCACAGGACAUGGAAUAUACAAGGAGGAGAGAAUUGCACCCAUAAGUAGAGUAACUGAACUAGUUGAGCCAGACAAACACCAAAUACUUCGAGCCGAUGACAUAAUAGAAGAAACUAUUUUUACGGCACAACCUGAAACAAUUAUAAAAUCUUAUCAGGAGUAUUCAAUGAGUAAUAGUCAGAUAGUUGUUGAGCAAAGAUCUCACCCACAAGAAGAUAGUCAAGUCAAGAUAGAACAGGAGCAUCAACUACAAUGUGAGACAGUAAACAUAUCUAAACCUGGACAAAGCACAGCUGGGUUUGAUGUGCCAGACAGAAGCAGUAAGGUGUAUACUGAGCUCAGCAAUCAGCCUGGCCUAAGCAACAAUGACAAAGUGCCUGGAAAUACUCUCAGCUUUCAAUCAGAGAUCUCUACUGUAAGUCCACUCAGCGACGGAUGUCCAGAGCAGGAAUUUGAAACUCUAUCAGGUAUUCCAACCAAAAGUGCCUCAGAGGAAAACAGGACAAAUUAUGGAUCAGAGGUCAUGGAUGAUGUCUCCUGGAAAGAAUCUUCUCAGAGUGAGGACUCUAUCACUUCUCCAAUUAGUGAGGAUUCCCAGGCUGACAUAGAUGAUGUUUUUGUAUCACCGAACAAACCCCGCACUACUGAGGAUCUAUUUGCUGUGAUUCACAGAUCCAAAAGAAAAGUACUUGGAAGAAAAGAUUCUGGAGAAAGCACUGUAAAAAAUAAAUCAAGAGCUUUAACAGCAAGCAACACAGCCACCCCAGCAGGUUCCACCCCAGCAGGUUCCACCUCAGCAGGUUCCACCCCAGCAGGUUCCACCCCAGCAGGUUCCACCUCAGCAGGUUCCACCCCAGCUGGUUCCACCCCAGCUGGUUCCACCUCAGUAAGUUCCACUCCACCAGGUUCUCAACGAUCUCCAGGUCUGAUCUACAGGAAUGCCAAAAAAUCAAAUACUUCAAAUGAGGAAUUUAAAUUACUUCUUUUAAAAAAAGGUAGCAGAUCAGAUACCAGCUACCGCAUGUCUGCUACUGAAAUAUUGAAGAGUCCAGUAACUCCCAAAUCACUUGGUGAUUUUUCACUAGAGUCUUCUCCUAGCUCGGAAGAGGCUUCCCAAUUAGCGACUGGUGGUGAUGCAUUCUCCCCUCCUUCCCCUUGCUCUACUCGGGUCAUGUCUGAGAGCUUUUCCUCAAAGUCUGGCACUAUGUCUGCUGCCUCCAGAGUGGGCAGGUCCCGAGUGCCUCCUGCAGCAAGCAGCAGUCGUUACAGUGUCAGGUGCCGACUAUACAAUGCGCCAAUGCAGGCCAUCUCAGAAGGUGAGACAGAAAACUCAGAUGGUAGCCCUCAUGAUGACAGAUCCUCACAGAGCUCCACGUAG